AUGGUUCGCCAGGCAUUGCAGCCGGGUCUGCAGAGGCCAGUAUUUGAAGAUCUGAAGACGGAAGUUUCAAAAUUAACAGAUGAAGGCCUUCUACCCGAAAACAGCUGCCCUGAGUGCGGGAAGGCCUUUACCAAGACCUCCAAUCUGCUGACCCACCAGCGGGUCCACACAGGGGUGACGCCCUUCAGCUGCCUAGAGUGUGGAAAGGCCUUUACCCAGGCCUCCACCCUGCUGACCCACCAGCGGGUCCACACAGGGGAGAGGCCCUUCAGCUGCCCAAAGUGCGAGAAGGCCUUCAGCCAGGCCUCCAACUUGCUAACCCACCGACGGAUCCACACGGGGGAGAGGCCGUUCUUCUGUCCCAAGUGUGGGAAGGCCUUCAUCAAUUCCUCCAACCUGCUGACCCACCAGCGGGUACACACAGGGGAGAGGCCCUUCAGCUGCCCUGAGUGCGGGAAAGCCUUUACCAAGGCCUCCACCCUGCUGACCCACCAGCAGAUCCACACGGGGGAGAGGCCCUUCAGCUGCCCCCAGUGCGGGAAGGCCUUCACCCAGGCCUCCAACCUCCUGACCCACCGGCGGAUCCACACGGGGGAGAG